GCGCCUGCGUUCCAGGAAGUGAAAAUCACUGUCAGUUAAGAAAUUUGUCAUUUAUGCAAGAAGCGAGCUGUUGUAUGUCUCACGAAAUCAUUGUUGUUAUACAAUAAAGUGGUGAGACAAGAACAAGGAAGAUGUUUUCUCCGCGGGUCCUGAAGUCUGCAUCAUCCUUAAUGUGCAGAGGGGUUUCCACGGGUCAAAUGUGGAAAGCAGCAGAUAUGGCUGAGGGAAACACAUUUUUACUUGUGAGCAAUGUUCGCAACAGGCUGCGGGAGAUAGUUGGAGCGUCCACCAACUGGAAAGAUCAUCAACAAGCAUUAGCUGAGCGUACAUCACUAAGCCAGUAUCUUGCUCAGAGUCAAGAUGAACUUCCAGCAAAGACAAUGAAGGACAGUGCAGUUGAGGCGCAUCUUCCUCUGGGUUCCCAGCCUACCUUGAGAGAGAAAUACCUCAACUAUCACAACAGUGUCAGGUUUGGAAGGAUUUUGGAGGACUUGGACAGUUUAGCUGUGCUCAUCUGUUAUUCUCACACAUGGAAUAAGGAGCUGAAAAGAUCUCCACUGUCUAUCGUCACCGCCCUAGUGGACAAGAUUGACAUGAGAAAAAACAUCAUCUACCCCGACUGUGACAUUAAGUUCACAGGUCAUGUGACGUGGGUUGGCAAAACCUCAAUAGAAGCUAAAAUGCAUGUGUCUCAGUAUCAUGAUGGGGCGUACACCGAUGUAUUAGAUGCCACAUUUGUAAUGGUGGCUCGAGAUCCUGAAAACGAAAGGGCAGCUUUUAUAAACCCACUAAAACUAGAGAGUCCAGAGGAAAAGGCAAUUUUUCAACAAGGAGAGAUUAACAAGACGAGGCGUGUGGAGCUGAGCACAGCCUCUCUUCUGAAAGUGGCCCCUGCAGCUGAGGAGAGGACUCUCAUUCACAACCUGUUCCUCAACACUCUAGACACACGAACUGUCAGCUUUCGGAGUCGUAUUUUAUCAACUAACUCCGUGUGGAUGGAAGAUGCCAAAAUGAAAGGGCUUGAGAUUUGCCAUCCACAAGAAAGAAAUAUCUUUAACCGGAUAUUUGGUGGUUUUUUGAUGAGAAAAGCCUAUGAACUUGGUUGGGCGAAUGCCUGUGCAUUUGCUGGUUGCAGACCAACGCUGGUGGCUGUAGAUGACAUCAUAUUUCGAAAGCCAGUAGAAAUUGGUUCUUUGCUAUUGCUGUCCUCACAGGUUUGUUACACAGAAGGGAUGCACAUCCAGGUCAGGGUUCACACGGAGGUGCUUGACCCAUUGACCCGGCAACACAGCACCACAAACGUAUUUCAUUUCACUUUUUGCGUUGAGAAGGAUAUCCCAGCUGUUGUACCACAGAGCUAUGGAGAGUCUAUGCUUUACCUGGAUGGAAAGAGGCACUUUGAUGAGACCAUGAGGAGCCAAGGUUGAGCAUCUGGGAUGUGCCGGGAUGAAACUUUAAAUUUUUUAGUUCCGUUCAUUUUAUAUUCACAAUAUUUUUUAUUGUUCGCUGCAUUUUACAUAAAUGUAAAAUAUUAUUUUUCACAAUUUUAAACUUUGAGUGGGAGAGGAGCAUUUAGUGAAAUGGUUUUGCAGUGAAAGGUGUUUUUUUUUUAUUUUAUGCAUCUUGAUUGUGGUAAUAUUAAACCUAUUUAGUCAUUAAGACUUAUAACAGACCAUGUUCUGUUUGCACUACAAUGCAAUUCAUAAGGAGAUAUGACAAAACUCUUAAACCAAGUGAUUUUGGUUGUACUGUUACUGAUCUGAAUGCAGUCAAAGCGAUUCAUGAACAACUGGUACCUUGGAAAAUGAUAUACAGUAUUUGCACAAAUUCUAAGAAUAAGUCCCGUCUUCCUUCCUUGAUCUCCUCAAAAGGAAACGAGGAGAUCUGAAACUUGAGAUCAAAUUAUGAGAGCACUGCCUCACCAAACACUCCAAAAACUUUACCUAACUUAUUUGGUUUAGAGCGCAUCGUAUGAAUAAGAAUCAGGUUUUGCUGUUAUAUGCAUAUGUUUCAGAAUGCUGACAAUUUGGCUUGUAUAUAAACAUCCGUUUUUGCAUUAUUAUUUUAAAUGCAACAAACAACCAUGGACUUUUGCAAAAGAUGGUAGUAUGAACCUAGAAUGGACUCUGUAAGAAGUUAACGUGUAAACAAAAAAAAAAAAUUAUAUGAAAGGAAGUAGGUUCAGGGAGAUUUAUAAUGCCUUUCAUGUACACACUACCUGUACCGGAAUGGCCAACGAAUGCAUGCCUUUUCAAUGUUUUUGUUCACAAAAUGUGUUUACCAUCAUUUAUUUUUAAAAUACUUGUAUUAUUUUACGUUUGUAUGAGUAUUCUUGUUUGUUUCUUAUAAAUACAGAGCAUUAAAUAUGCUUAUUUACAUCUGUAUUAGUGGACUAACACUAAUAAUGCACAUUUCAGUGUAAUCUCUUUUUAUUUAUUCCAUGAGCGAAAGUGUCCAAUGCUAUUUGUCUGGUCAUGUGAUCUAAACAGUGGUCCCCGUGAGGCGACCCGCUCCAUGUAAAAUAAAAAAAAAUAAAAGUAAAUAUUGUAUUAGGGUGCUUAUGACUGGGGUCUUCAUCACAUGUGAGUGUACCAUUUAAAUAAUUUUGUACUAUUCUUUUAUUUGUUUAAAACAUUGUACUGAGGAAACAGUCGGUGAGCAAUCUCAAGCGUUGUCCUGACAGUUGCUGCCACCGAGUGA